GGGGAGCAGAUGAGCGCCGCGGGGGCGACCCAAAGCGGCACCAGAGGAGCCAUGCGGGAGGGCAACCAGAGGCCUCUGACGGGGCGCAGGCCGCUGAUAUGACCUUUGGCCACCAGAGAGCGCCACCCAAGCUGCCCAUCCUAUCCCAGUAGGACCGCAUUCCUACACUGGCCCGGAAGGCCGGAAGAAACGGAAUAAAGGGGUGAAAAAAGCAGAUGUAAGAGGAGUCUGGGUAGAAUUGCUGAUUUUCCCAAGUGCUCCACACCUCCAGAAAAGCAAUAGUUGUAUCAUUUAAAAAAAAAAUAAAUAAAAACUUUUUUGUUUUGAUCUACUGUUCACCACCGUGCUCUGUUGGCCACGCCCCUUUCCCCAUAAAGAGGAGCAUCAUGGGAUGCCGGCAGAGCUCGGAGGAGAAGGAGGCGGCCCGGCGCUCCCGCCGCAUCGACCGGCACCUACGCUCGGAGAGCCAGCGGCAGCGUCGCGAGAUCAAGCUGCUCCUGCUGGGCACCAGCAACUCGGGCAAGAGCACCAUCGUCAAGCAGAUGAAGAUCAUCCACAGCGGGGGCUUCAACCUGGAGGCCUGCAAGGAGUACAAGCCGCUCAUCCUCUACAACGCCAUCGACUCGCUCACGCGCAUCAUCCGCGCCCUCAGCACGCUCAAGAUCGACUUCCACAACCAGGACCGCGCCUAUGAUGCCGUGCAGCUCUUUGCCCUCACCGGGCCGGCGGAGAGCAAGGGCGAGAUCACGCCCGAGCUGCUGGGGGUCAUGAAGCGCCUUUGGGCCGACGCCGGUGUCCAGGAGUGCUUCUGUCGGUCCAAUGAGUACCACCUGGAGGACAACACCGCCUACUACCUGAACGAUCUGGACCGCAUCGCCGCCCUCGACUACAUCCCCACUGUGGAGGACAUCCUGCGCUCACGCGACAUGACCACGGGCAUCGUGGAGAACAAAUUCACCUUCAAGGAGCUCACCUUCAAGAUGGUGGACGUGGGCGGCCAGCGGUCCGAGAGGAAGAAGUGGAUCCACUGCUUCGAGGGCGUGACGGCCAUUAUCUUCUGCGUGGAGCUCAGCGGCUACGACCUCAAGUUGUACGAGGACAACCAGACGAGUCGCAUGGCAGAGAGUCUCCGGCUCUUUGACUCCAUCUGCAACAACAACUGGUUCAUCAACACUUCGCUCAUCCUCUUCCUCAACAAGAAGGACCUGCUGGCGGAGAAGAUCAAGCGGAUCCCGCUGACGGUCGGCUUCGCUGACUACAAGGGCCAGAACAGCUAUGAGGAGGCGGCCGUCUACAUCCAGCGCCAGUUCGAGGACCUGAACCGCAACAAGGAGACCAAGGAAAUCUACUCACACUUCACCUGCGCCACCGACACCAGCAACAUCCAGUUUGUGUUUGAUGCCGUCACCGAUGUCAUCAUCCAGAACAAUCUGAAGUACAUUGGACUCUGCUAGGACAGGAGCACAGUGGGGGGGAAAUGGAAUAGCCCCAGCCUGGCCUUGGUGCAGGCAGGUUGAUGUGGGGGUGGGGGAUCAUACUGGUCAAGGGGGGGGAGUGAAGCAGAGGUUAAACAGUGUCACAUGCAGUUGUCCUGUCUGUAAAUGAAUGUUGGGUUGGUGGAGGCUGACUGGGCUUUGGAGGGGUCAAAGGUCAGGGGUCAGAGUGCUGUCGAAAAGGCAGCCACAUGCUGCCUGACCUUUCAUCCUGCUGGAUGGAGUGGGAGCCGACGACCGUGUGCCCUCCCUGCAGCUCGGGUCAUCUCACUAAAUCAGUGCUGCCUUACAGAAAAACAGGACUUCUUUUUGUUUAACGUCGGACAUCUCGUUUGACUUCAGGUGGCAAAGGAGGACAGGCUGUCAUGGUGCACGGGGGAGGGGGGGGCAGGUCUGAAGCAGACCUGCAGAUGUGACCGCAUCCCCCCCCCCCUAUAUCCGUGGCAAUCCAGAAUUAGAGCAGCCGACCGUCGGACACGUAUUUGGGUGGAAGGUUACAAAGGAUGCUGGGAGAUUUUUUUUCUUUUUCAAUCCUUUGACCUUUGUUUAAUUUUUUUACUUAAAUGUGCAUCAGACCUGCCUUUUUCAGUUUCAUUUUGACUUUCUGUUGUCCUCCUCUAGUGCUUUCCAGCUCAUACCAGACAGAAGUGCCAAUUUCCACGUCCAGAGGGAGCCACACAAACGUCCCGGAAAUCGUUUUUUAAUCUGAUAAGGCAGGACGGGGGAGGGGGGAUGCAUGAUGUCUUACAGUUGAGACGUUUACCCUUUAAUUUGGUUUGUUGUGUUUUACUUUAACAAAUUGUCCUGAAGAUGUAAUAUCAGAAAACAAACACUGAAUUGUACAGCUGUAAUCUGAAAGGUAUAUAUUGGUAUUGAGCUUGACAAUGAGUAUAGACAUUGAUACUGAUGGCAGUAUUGUGACACGUCUUGAUAUUUGGUUUUGGUUCCAUCACUGACACCAGUAAUAGUAUCUGUAUAGAUGCUGAUGCUGAAGACUUUGUCGUUGGUUGUUCAUGUACAACGAUGAGACUGAUGCUGGGUGGGAUUUAAAAGGAUUUCCUGAAAUGAUCUAAGAAUACUGAAGGCAUCACAGGAAAAUGGUGUCAUUCCAAAACCAAGCAUGAUAAGAUGCAGGG